AUGUUGUCUAGGACCUCGUUACGCGGGCUUUCUCGCGCCCAUCUGCGCUGCAACUUGUCGACCCGCGCGUCAGCAAUCCUCUCCGCACUCGAGAUCUCCGCAGACACGGAACUAGCGGGUGUAUACCAUGGUGAGUGGACAGGGACGGGGGAUAUCUUGGAGAGCGUGUGCCCGACGACGGGCGAAGUCCUCGCGCGCGUACGAUCUGCCUCGCCUCAAGAGCUGCAGACUGCGCUGGAGAAGUCGAGAGAAGCCUAUGAGCUCUUCAGACUGGUUCCGGCACCCAGACGCGGAGAGAUACUGAGGCAGAUUCGAGAGGCGCUUGCGGCCAAGCGCGAAGCAUUAGGCGCGCUGAUGUCACUAGAGAUGGGCAAGAUCAAAACGGAAGGUGUUGGUGAGAUCCAAGAAGUUGUCGACAUUGCCGACUAUGCCGUUGGGCUGUCGCGAAUGAUGAAUGGCCGAGUGGUCGCCUCUGAGCGCCCAGGUCAUAGUAUCUACGAAGUACCGAAUCCGCUUGGGGUUGUGGCGGUGCUCUCCGCCUUCAACUUUCCAGUAGCGGUCUAUGGCUGGAACUUGGCUCUCUCACUAGCGGCGGGGAAUGCUACUCUUUGGAAGCCAUCGCCGAGCACGUCUUUAUGUUCAAUUGCUGUCACAAAGAUUGUGUCCCAGGUGUUGGAACAGAAUGGUUUGCCGGGCGCUAUUGCUGGCCUUGUUACGGGCGCCAAGGACGUUGGUGAGGCUGUCGUGGAAAGCCAGGAUGUGGAUAUGGUUUCAUUUACGGGUAGCGAAGCUGUCGGGCGUCAGGUUGGUAAGGUGGUACAAUCUCGUUUUGGCAAGGUACUUCUCGAGUUGGGAGGUAACAAUGCUUCUAUCAUCAUGCCCGACGCGGACCUCUCACUUGCCGUGUCUGCCGUGUUCUUCGGAGCGGUUGGGACCGCUGGCCAACGUUGCACGUCUACGAGGCGUCUCUACUUACACCGGGACAUUGCACCAGAAUUCCUAUCUCAACUCCAAUCGCUGUAUGCCUCCGUUCGGCCCGGAGACCCUCUGGAGCCAACGACGCUGCUCGGACCGCUACACACGCGCGCUGCGAUGGGUGUGUACUCCUCUGCCGUGGACCGUCUACGAAAGACUGGCGCUGAGAUCCUCACGGGUGGCGCUUUGUAUGAGGGUUUGGCGAGCCCGCUGGAUGGGGGCAAUUUCGUGAUGCCGACAAUCGCUGUGCCGAAGACAGUGGACCUUGCGGAUGCGGUGUGGAAAACAGAGACAUUCGCACCGGUGUUAUGUGUAGGCGUGUUCGACGAGUUGGAGCAGGCGAUCAAGUGGAACAAUGGGGUACCUCAGGGACUGAGUAGCAGUUUGUGGACGAGAGACAUCAGGAACGUCGGAAAGUGGAUCGGGCCAGUCGGCUCCGAUGCUGGUAUCGUCAAUGUCAACGUUGGCACGAGCGGCGCGGAAAUUGGUGCAGCGUUUGGCGGAAACAAGAGCACUGGAUGGGGUCGUGAGUCGGGAGGCGAUGCAUGGAAACAAUACGUCCGCUGGAGUACAUGCACGAUCAACUAUUCAGACAAGGCUCCUCUCGCCCAGGGAGUGCAGUUCUCAUCUGCUGCCUGA